AUGCGUUUGAUCUACACGUUAACAUUAUCAGUCGCCACUUUGGGCCGUUUCGUUAGUGCCUCUGUUUUACCCCAGCACGGGUUUGAAGCCGAAGUCGACAAUACAUCACUAGUUGAUCAACUUUAUGGUGACUUGCUUAUCUCUCGAGAAGGAUUUGAGAUGCAAUCCUUGCAUUCUAAGAUCACUCCAUCAGACGAAGAUGAUGAGGAGUUUAGAGCUCGUUGCGGAUUUUAUAACGAGAACCCAGUUCAAUUGCCAAGCGACGGACUUGGUUCAGAUUUAGUAAUUUUUGCUGGUAUAGUUUCGUUCGCACACUUACCAAUUGCUCGCUGCUUUACACCCGGCGCUGAGGAUUUUGAUAUUGCCAUUGUGGGGGCACCCUACGAUACUUCCACUUCUUUUAGACCAGGUGCACGCUUUGGUCCUAAUGGCAUUAGGCAGGGUUCUCGUCGGUUAGGUAGUGGUGUAUCACCUGUAAGAGGUUUCCCCGGCUCUAAAUUGCGUCAAUUGGAUCCAUAUAAUGCCGGUUACAAAUUAGUCGAUUGCGGAGAUGUACCCAUGUCCCCAUUCGACAACAGAGUAGCGUUAAACCAGCUGUAUAGGGGUCAAAGAACUAUCCAUAAAAACAAAAGUGUCAAGGAUCCUAGUCAACCACCAAAAAUUAUUACUCUCGGUGGUGAUCAUACCGUAACUUUGAUGAAUUUGAGGUCCGCUUAUGAGCAAUGGGGUCGUUUAGCGGUAAUUCACUUCGAUUCUCAUAUCGAUUCAUGGGAUCCUAGAGUCUUGGGUGGUAACAUUACGAAGUCUACAGCUCUAAAUCAUGGUACCUUUUUACAUUAUGCUCAUGAAAAGGGUUAUUUAGCACCUAACAAUUCUAUCCACGUUGGUAUAAGAGCACCUUUUCUCGGACCCGAUGAUGAAAAGCACGAUUUCGAAUGUGGAUUUGAAAAAAUUGUUGCAAGGGAUAUUGACAUUGUAGGUAUCAAGGGCAUAGUAGAUCGUAUCAAGCAGCAUGUUACUGGAUGGCCCGUGUAUCUCACUCUAGAUAUCGACAGUAUCGAUAUGGCGGUAGCACCGGGAACAGGUACUCCAGAACCAGGUGGAUUUAGUGCUAGAGAAAUUUUAACCAUUUUGGAUGGUUUAGAAGGUCUUAACAUUGUUGGUGCUGAUGUAGUAGAAGUAGCACCAGCUUACGAUACUAAUGGUGAUAUUACAAGCACCAUAGCCGCCAGUGUAGUUGACUCCAUACUGGGUCUAAUGACAAUAGAUUAA